GGAGGAGGCAGUCUUGGGAACCAUGCAGUUCCAGAGGGACGUCCCCUCCCUGUGGCUGUGGCGGUCACUAUCACUGCUGCUGCUACUGGGCCUGGGGUUCUCCCAGACCCCCAGCUACAGGGAUGCUGUGCUCCGAGCUGUGGAUGACUUCAACCAGCAGUCCCUAGACACCAAUCUCUACCGUCUCCUGGACCUGGAUCCUGAGCCCCAAGGGGACGAGGAUCCAGAUACUCCCAAGUCUGUGAGGUUCCGAGUGAAGGAGACUGUAUGUGGCAAGGCAGAGCGGCAGCUACCUGAGCAAUGUGCCUUCAAGGAACAGGGGGUGGUGAAGCAGUGUAUGGGGGCAGUCACCCUGAACCCGGCCGCUGAUUCUUUUGACAUCAGCUGUAACGAGCCUGGUGCACAGCCCUUUCGGUUCAAGAAAAUUUCCCGGCUGGCUGGACUUCUCCGCAAAGGUGGGGAGAAGAUUGGUGAAAAGCUUAAGAAAAUUGGCCAGAAAAUUAAGAAUUUUUUUCAGAAACUUGUACCUCAGCCAGAGUAGUAGGCCUGCCUUGGCCUGUUUCUGGAUUCCUAAAAUAAUAAACUUGGUAAAAGAAACU